AUGCUUCCGGAAAACGAAAUUCAGAGUUUCAGGGUCUUUGUUGCAACAUGGAAUGUAGGAGGAAAAUCUCCAAGCUAUGAUCUCAACCUUCAAGAUUUCUUGCUGGUGGAGGGUUCUGCAGAUAUAUAUAUCUUAGGGUUUCAGGAAAUUGUUCCUCUAAGUGCUGGAAAUGUUCUAGUAAUUGAAGACAAUGAACCAGCAGCAAAGUGGUUAGCAUUGAUAAGUCAAGCACUAAACACACCAAAAAAUGAAUUAAGUGAUUCAUCCGAUUCAGGAACCGGAUCGAGAACAAAGGAAUCAAAAUCACCAGCAAGUCUAAACUUCUUUCAGAAGCCUUCUCUUAAAGCUAUCAGUAGAAACUUCAGGGCAGAAGGAAGCAGCCUCCUUAAGGCAUGCAAUUGUCCUGUGGAAUCUACGUUAAGAGAUCGGCGGAGGAUUAGAAAGUUUAGUGAUCCUAUGAGUAAGUUAGGACCCGUGAUUCCCGGAGCGAGCAGCAUGGAAGAGUUGAUUUCGAUUGCAGAAAUGCCCAAUACUCCUGGCCAAUCUAAAUACUCCCUUAUAUCAAGUAAACAAAUGGUUGGGAUUUUUCUUACCAUAUGGACUAAGAAAGAAUUAGUACCUCACAUUGGUCAUCUUAGAGUAGACUCUGUAGGGAGAGGAAUCAUGGGUUGCUUAGGCAACAAGGGGUGUAUAUCGAUGAGUAUGUCAUUGCAUCAAACAAGCUUUUGUUUCAUAUGUAGUCACUUGGCUUCUGGCGAAAAAGAAGGCGAUGAGGUGAGGAGGAAUUCUGAUGUAGCUGAGAUUCUCAAAGGCAUACAAUUCCCUAGGAUUUGUAAGAAUCCUUGCCGUCGAGCACCAGAAAAGAUAGUCGAUCACGAUCGAAUAAUAUGGCUCGGAGAUUUGAAUUAUAGGGUGGCCUUGAGUUAUGAAGAAACAAGGGUUCUAUUGGAGGAGAAUGAUUGGGACACUUUGUUAGAGAAAGAUCAAUUGAACAUAGAAAAAGAGGCAGGAAGAGUUUUCAGUGGUUUCAAAGAGGGAAGAAUAUUUUUUGCACCAACUUACAAGUAUUCACAAAUUCAGACUCUUAUGCUGGUGAGACUGUUAAGUCAAAGAAGAAACGUCGAACGCCAGCAUGGUAUUGCUUCAUCACCAUGUCACAUGCACAAUUAG